AUGGCUUCUGGAGGCGAGCACACACAUGACCAUGACCACAAGCACGACGGUUCAUUUGUAGGCGCCGACGGUAAAGUCUACCACAGCCACGACGGUCUUGCACCGCAUUCUCACGAACCAAUCUACUCACCCGGAUUCUUCAGCAGAAGAGCUCAACCUCUUAUCAACAGAGACUUCAAUGAAAGAGCUUUCACCGUCGGCAUUGGUGGACCCGUCGGUACUGGCAAAACCGCUUUGAUGUUAGCCCUAUGUCAAAACCUAAGGGAUCGUUACAGUCUCGCUGCAGUCACGAAUGAUAUUUUUACGAAAGAAGAUGGCGAGUUUUUGGUCAAACACAAAGCACUUCCGGAAGAAAGGAUUCGUGCUGUUGAAACUGGUGGGUGUCCUCAUGCUGCGAUUCGUGAGGAUAUUAGUAUCAAUCUUGGUCCGCUUGAAGAACUUUCGAAUCUUUAUAAAGCUGAUCUACUUCUAUGUGAAUCUGGAGGAGAUAACUUGGCUGCUAAUUUCAGCAGGGAACUGGCUGACUAUAUUAUUUACAUCAUAGAUGUAUCUGGUGGUGAUAAAAUUCCCCGGAAAGGUGGUCCGGGAAUCACACAGGCUGAUCUCCUUGUGAUUAACAAGACUGAUCUUGCACAAGCAAUUGGGGCUGACUUGGGUGUCAUGCAGCGCGAUGCUCUUAGGAUGAGAGACGGCGGGCCAUUUGUAUUUGCUCAGGUGAAGCACAAUGUUGGGGUGGAAGAAAUUGUGAAUCAUGUCUUACAGGCAUGGGAGGCAACUACUGGGAAGAAACGUCGUUGA